GUUAAAACUACAAAAGCACAAAAUACAUGGAAACAACAAAAAGCGUUGUCCCGAGAAAAACAUAAUCUCUUUCUCUUUCUUUCUCUCUCUACUGUAUCUUUUUGGACAGAGAGAGUAGUGUAGAGAGAGAAAGCAAAGUCACCUCCACUUAGAAAAAGAAAGAAAAGAUUGCGAUUUGAGAAAUGAGUAAAGCAUAAACCAUCCUGUCAUUCUUAGGGUUUUCUUCAAACUUACAAAAAAAAAAAACCAUAAAGUUGAACUCUUUAACUUCAUCAUGUAAAACUACAACAACGAAAGAAAGAAAAAAGAACCACCCAAAUGCAGGUACCCAUUUGAGAGUUGAUUCUGAGGAUCCGAUUCCUUACUCCAAGAUCUCACCAUUUUUUUCUUUUUUGAGAAUCUGCAUUGUUGCUUUGAAGUCUUAUGUUUGAAGUUAUGCUGAUUAUGGCACCACACAGUGGCUUCUUGUUGUGCUAUGAAGCAUAUUUGUGUACGUGAAGCAUUAGACUAGGGAAUUUUGUAAAUAUCAUAGAGAGAAGAUGAAAUCCGACACACUUCUUGAUUUUGCCAUUUUCCAAUUGUCACCAAAGCGCUCACGAUGUGAAUUAUUUGUUUCCAGCAAUGGUAUCACAGAAAAGCUUGCUUCUGGGUUAGUAAAGCCAUUUGUUACUCAUUUAAAGGUGGCAGAAGAACAGGUUGCACUUUCACUUCAAUCAAUUAAGCUUGAAGUUGAAAAGAGUAAAAAUGCGGAGACUUGGUUCACAAAAGGAACACUUGAGAGGUUUGUGCGGUUUGUUAGUACACCGGAGGUUUUGGUGGUGGUGAACACAUUUGAUGCAGAGAUGUCUCAGUUGGAAGCAGCUCGAAGAAUAUAUUCCCAGGGGGUGGGAGAUCAGCCUUCUGGCGCAUUAGGUGGGGAUGGUGCAGGACUGACGGCAGCCGCUGAUGCAACAAAGAGGGAGCUUUUAAGGGCUAUUGAUGUACGACUUAUUGCUGUUCAGCAGGACUUGGCAACAGCUUUUACUCGUGCAUCUGCUGCUGGUUUUAACUCUGACUCUGUAUCUGAACUCCAACAAUUUGCAGAUCGGUUUGGUGCUCAUCCCUUGAAUGAGGCUUGCACCAAAUUCAUGUCACUAUGCCAGAGAAGACCAGAACUGAUUAGCCGAUGGAAACUUGGUGUUGAUGAUCAAGUGGUCAGAGCCUCAUGGGGAUCUGACAUGUCAAUUGAUGACCCCAAUGAAGACCAAAUUGGGUCCCAUGUUAAUGGCAAGCCCCACCAACCUUCCCAGAAUAAACACCGAGAACAACAACUACAACCAAACACUAUGCAGACUCAGCACCAUUUAGACCAAUCAAAGCCAGCCACAUCUCAACAACCAAAGCCCUCAAGUACUACACAACAACGUUCUGAAAAUGAAAACAAGGAAGAGGAGGCUGUGACUGAGCCAUUACCUAGUCAAAUCGGUCAACCUGCUAGGCGGCUUAGUGUGCAGGACAGAAUCAAUCUCUUUGAGAACAAACAGAAGGAGAGCUCAAGCUCUGGAGGCAAACCCGUCACUGUUGGCAAAUCUGUGGAACUGAGAAGACUUUCAUCUGAUGUAUCAUCUGUGCCUGCAGCUGUUGAAAAGGCUGUCUUAAGAAGAUGGAGUGGUGCAAGUGAUAUGAGCAUAGACUUGGGUAAUGACAAGAAGGAUGGUAACACAGAUAGCCCCUUGUGCACAGCCUCCUCAUCUUCUGUGUCUCAAGGUAUAAAUAACAUGUUUCAAAGUUUAUCUGAGCAUAAGGAGCAAAAAGAUGAGAAGGGUUUGAGAGACAAGGUAAGUUCAGUUAAAGUUGAACCUAUGAGUGGUCCUGGUAGAGCUGCUGAUUCUGGGUUGAAAGAUCAGGGAGAAGUGCAAACAUUGCAAGUACAGGUUGGUAAUCUUUUGGGGAAAGAAGAGGAUGUGGGAUUGAAGGGGCAAAUGAAUUUGAAGGAUAAACUGGGAUCGCAGAACAGCCAAUAUCAGUCUUUUACUGGUAAGUCAGAACAGGUUGAGUUGGGUGAUCAAGUGGUUUCUCAGGAGAAGGUUAAGGGUUCCUUAACAGGAGAGAUGGGACGUUCAGAGGUGCAGUCUCGAGUUUUCCUUGAUAGGGCUGUAAUUGUGGGGGUUAAAAAGCAACCCACUUCUCAGUUCCAGGUUGAAGGUUUUGCAGAUGCAGUGGGGGAUGCCACACCUGAGGGUGAAUUAAAGAAUAGAGUGGAGGCUCAAGGCAAGGACCAGUCGGUAACACAAUUGCGUCUUAGGGCUCCAGGCCACUCCCGUACGUUAUCAGGGCAGUUUGAAGGUGGUAUUGGACUAAAAUCUAAGGAGGCUCAGUAUAAAGGCAGUGAAGGUGAUCAGUUCACUCCUCAGCCACAGUGGAUAUCUAUUACUGGGGAAGUUGAGGAAGUGGGAAAGAAAGACUUAGCAUCAUCUGAGAAGCCAAUAAGCAAAGUUGAGGGUUUUGGAGUCCAUAAAAUGAAGUUCAAGAAAGAGGUUCCGGUAGGUUCUGAACAGAGCAAGAAGUCAAAGGGUAGGAGGGAUGAAGGUGGUUCUAUUUAUGCAAAUAACAAGUCUGUUCUAGGUAAAAAGGUUCCUGAGACUGAAGAGAGUUUAAGUGCUCCAAUGAUGCCAGUAGAUCAAACUCAGAGGCUAAGGCAGUCAAGGGGAAACCAGGAGCUGAAUGAUGAGUUAAAAAUGAAGGCAAAUGAACUUGAAAAGCUUUUUGCAGAGCACAAACUUCGGGUUCCUGGUGAUCAAUUCAGUUCUGCUAGGAGAAGCAAGCCUGCUGAUGUGCAGAUUGAACAGGAAACAACCUCACAGUGCAAGAAACCGGUGGCAGUGGAUGUAUCUCCUGCACAGAUGCCUGACAAAAACUCAAUGUCUGAACCAAUGGGGAGUUUGAGUAAUAUGGAUAAAUUUUGUACUCCAACAAAGAUGGUAGAUAACCAGGACUAUGCUGACAGUUUGAGGCUGAAUUUCUCUGGUAUCAGCUUUUCAGAUGAUUCUCGAGGAAAAUUUUAUGAGAAGUACAUGCAAAAGAGAGACGCAAAGCUGAGGGAAGAAUGGGGUGCUAAAAAGGCUGAGAAGGAAGCCAAAUUGAAGGCUAUGCAAGAUAUCCUUGAGCGAAGUAGAGCUGAGAUGAAGGCCAAAUUUUCUGGUUCUGCUGAUAGACAGGAUUCUGUUUCUAGUGCUCGUCAACGAGCAGAGAAAGUGAGGUCAUUCAAUUUACGAUUGCAGAGGGAACAGCAUCAAAUAAGUUCAAUUCAGAGUGAAGAAGAUGAAGAUCUUUCUGAGUUUCCGGAUCGGAAGUACUAUGCACAGGAUAGAUCAUAUAAUGAGGCAUCUUUAGUCGAUCGUUCUUCUAGGAGCUUCAACCCUAAGAAGCUUUUGCCAAAUAAAAAUGUUUCUUUAUCCACUCCUCGCACCACAGUAGCUGCAGUUCCACGCUCAGCAGCCAAAGUUUCAAAUCCCAGUUCCGGAAGGCGACGAGCACAAUCUGAAAAUCCUCUUGCGCAGUCAGUUCCCAGCUUCUCUGAUCUCAGAAAAGAAAAUGCAAAGCCCUCUUUGGGAGCUGGCAAGACAACUAGCCGUACUCAAGUGAGAAACUAUGCUCGGAGCAAGAGUACCAAUGAAGAGGUUGCUCUUGGCAAGGAUGAACAGCCUCGACAGUCUCAGUCCCUUAGGAAAAGCUCAGCUGGUCCUGUAGAAUUUUCUGAUUUGUCUGCACUGAACUCUGAUGGCAUUGUUUUUGCACCUUUGAAAUUUGAAAAAGAGCAGAUAGAACAGAGCUUAAAUGGCAAAACUUUGAAGAUUGUGGAAGCAAAACAUUUCCUCAGGAAAGGUAAUGGCAUAGGUCCCGGUGCUGGGGUAAAUAUUGCAAAGUUCAAAGCAUCAGAGGCAUCUGAGGCUCCAAAAGGUGAAGAGUCUGAUGGGCUAGCAUUUGAGGCAGAUGAUUCCAUGGAUAUGGCCAAAGAAGAUGAAGAGGAUGAGCUUGAAACUAUGGCAGUUGAUGAUUCUGCUGACAUGGAAAAUGGAAGAUCAAGACUGAGCCAGGAAUCUGACAAGUUGAAUAAUUCUGGAUCAGAGAAUGGUGAUUCCUUGAGGUCUCUUUCUCAGGUUGACCCUGCAUCAGUUGCUGAAAUGCCUGCUGCAGUGCCCACUAUGUUCCAUACUGCAGUAUCCCUGCAGGAUUCACCAGGAGAAAGUCCUGUAUCAUGGAAUUUACGCAUGCAUCAUCCAUUUUCUUAUCCCCAUGAGACUUCAGAUAUUGACGCUUCCAUGGAUUCCCCCAUUGGGAGCCCUGCAUCUUGGAAUUCUCACUCACUUGCUCAAACAGAGGUGGAUGCUGCUCGAAUGAGGAAGAAAUGGGGAAGUGCUCAGAAACCUUUUCUUGUUGCUAAUGCAACCCAUAAUCAGUCACGUAGGGAUGUCACAAAAGGGUUCAAAAGGUUGUUGAAAUUUGGACGGAAAAGCCGUGGGAUGGAGAGUUUGGUGGACUGGAUCUCAGCUACAACUUCUGAAGGAGAUGAUGACGCAGAGGAUGGCAGAGAUCCUGCCAAUCGAUCAUCAGAAGACUUGAGGAAGUCAAGAAUGGGAUUUUCUCAAGGCCACCCCUCUGAUGAUGGCUUCAAUGAAAGCGAGUUGUUUAAUGAUCAGGUUCAAUCCUUACAUACUUCUAUUCCAGCACCACCAGAAAACUUCAAAUUGAGGGAAGAUCAUAUGUCAGGAAGCUCCAUAAAAGGGUUCAUGGUACUUGCAAGUUACAUCAAUCCCACAAUGGCGGGACAUUUUUGUCUGUUAAAGAGAUCCGACAGCGGCACAGAAUCAACAUGUCAAGGCAAAAAGAAAGGAGCUUUCGAUGGUCAAGAAUUUGCAGUAAUCUUUGCUUCUUUAGACCCUCUUCUUCAAUCUCUUCCCAUGGCUGAUUCCUCCAUCGAAAUCGACUACUCCUCUUCCUUAAACCACCACCACCACCAAAGCCAUAACACGCCAGCUUCACGCUAUGCCUCGAGUUCUUUCACGUCACUCCGUUCUGCCCGAGGGUCCUGCACCACUCUACGGAGGCUCCGCCACCGGACUCCUGCCACGCCUUUUGCCUCGGACGAUGAUAUAUCAUGGCAAAGUGAAGUUUCAUGGCAGUUUGAGCCUUCUGGUUGGCAUUACAGCCGCAAUAUGGGUGCAGCCCUUAGUCCUUGGGCGGCCUCCAGUACCUCAUCGCUAAACAGUCAGGCAUUUCGUCGACGUUCGGCCAGUGAAUAUUAUCUUUCUCGUACCUCUGGCGGGUUUAGAAGCAGUGCAAAUCCGUCCUAUGAGCUUUCCGGUUAUGGAGCUGUGCCGUCAGGGAGGCUUGAGCUUCAAAGCUAUGUUGCUAGAGACUAUGACAGUUCAUCGCAUCUCCCUUUGGGAGAUCAUAGUAAGUCUCAUCACGAAAUUUCAAGGCUGGCUACUAUUAAAGAAGGGAAUAAUAGAAAUGGUGCUAGUCCUUUGGCUGACGAGGAUGAGCUUAGCACUAUAGAUUAUGACACUCCAGAAUAUGUUGAGAGACAAAUACGCUUAUUAGGGACUGAUUCUAACCUUCAUGCAGGUGCUGGUUCACGUUCGUUUUCAGUUUCACAGGCUUAUAUGGAUGAUGAUCAGGACGAUGUUUCACAUGGAGGACAUCAUCAUGGUCGUGAUAAGCAAGUUAGGAGUCAUCACACGAGGCACAAGGUGGACAACGAUCUCGAUCUAGUAAUGCAGCAUGAGCUUGACGGUCAUGAUGCUUGGCAAUCAACUGGUCAUCAUUUUGGUGGUCAUCAUCGGUAUAAUGACCUUGGCCUGUCACUGGAUUUCAGUGAAGAUGAUAAUCCAGGGCAUGGUCAUGGUCAUGGUCAUGGAUUAUCACAUCAUAGUGUUCAUAGUGACCUUGAUGGGCAUCUUCAAACGAGACACAAGUUGGAAGGUCUUGAUCAUAAGUUGCAUCAAGGGCAUCAUGGUCAUGACACUUGGCAAUCAACAAGCCAUCAAUUCGGUGGUGAUCAUGAUCAGUAUGAUGACUUUGUUCCGGUACCGGAUUUCAAUGAAGAUGAAAAUGAGGAAGAAGAGGACGCAGAACCACCAAGGCCAGUUGGUUUAUUUAGUUUGUUCAAGUAUUCAACAAAAUGGGAUAUAGUACUUGUGAUUUUGGGUUGUUUGGGAGCCUUGAUAAAUGGGGGUUCACUUCCCUGCUAUUCUUACCUUUUUGGUAAGUUUGUGAAUAAAAUUGCUAAAGAAUCAUCCAACAUGAUGAAGGAUGUAGAUAAGAUAUGUAUACUUAUGUCUGGCUUGUCAGCAGUAGUGAUGAUUGGAGCAUAUUUAGAAAUUACCUGCUGGAGGCUGGUUGGGGAACGUUCAGCUCAACGAAUUAGAACAAAGUACUUGAGAGCAGUUUUAAGACAGGACAUCAGCUUUUUUGAUACAGAAGUGAGCACGGGUGACAUUAUGCAUGGUAUUUCAAGUGAUGUUGCUCAAAUCCAGGAAGUUAUGGGAGAGAAGAUGGCACAUUUCAUUCACCAUAUAUUCACCUUCAUAUGCGGUUAUGCAGUUGGGUUUUUGCAGUCAUGGAAAGUGUCACUGGUAGUUUUUUCUGUUACCCCAUUAAUGAUGUUUUGUGGUAUUGCUUAUAAGGCUAUUUAUGGUGGUCUCACGGCUGAGGAAGAGGUAAUAAAUUUUACAGUUAUUGGAAAUGUUUUCAGUGUCGGCUUGUUAGUCUUAGUAUUUUGGUUCAUAUUUUUGGACUUACAGGUUUCUUACAGAGGAGCUGGUACCCUUGCAGAGCAAGCAAUAAGUUCAAUUAGAACUGUAUUUUCUUUUGUUGCUGAGGACAAUUUGGCAGCAAGAUAUGCUGAAUUAUUGGCCAAAUCAGUGCCUCUUGGGGCAAAGAUUGGGUUUGCUAAGGGUGCAGGAAUGGGGGUUAUUUAUUUGGUUACAUAUUCAACAUGGGCAUUGGCUUUUUGGUAUGGUUCAAUCUUGGUUGCUAGAAAAGAGAUUUCUGGCGGUGCAGCAAUUGCUUGCUUCUUUGGUGUCAAUGUUGGGGGAAGGGGCUUGGCAUUAUCAUUGACAUAUUUUGCUCAAUUCGCUCAAGGCACCAUAGCAGCAGGUCGGGUAUUUGAUAUUAUAGACAGGGUUCCUGAGAUAGACCCUUAUAAUCCCGAGGGAAGGACAUUGUCCAGUGUUCGAGGAAGGAUAGAGUUUAAAGGUGUAACUUUUUCUUAUCCAUCUCGUCCUGAUACUACAAUUCUCAGUUCUCUCAAUUUGGUUAUUCGAUCAGCAAAAACUCUUGCAUUGGUUGGAGUCAGUGGAGGUGGCAAGUCCACCAUCUUUGCUCUCAUUGAGAGGUUCUAUGAUCCUGACAAGGGAACCAUCUCCUUGGAUGGCCAUGAUUUAAGGACACUACAAGUGAAGUGGCUAAGAAGGCAGAUUGGUAUGGUUGGGCAAGAGCCAGUUCUCUUUGCCACCACCAUAUUGGAAAAUGUCAUGAUGGGAAAGGAAAAUGCCACCAAGAAAGAAGCUGUUGAGGCUUGCGUUGCUGCCAAUGCCCACAGCUUCAUCUAUGACCUUCCACAAGGAUAUGAUACUCAGGUUGGAGCAAAGGGAACUCAAUUAUCCGGUGGUCAAAAGCAGAGAAUUGCUCUAGCUCGUGCCUUGAUUAAAGAUCCUAGAAUCCUUCUCUUAGAUGAGCCUACUAGUGCCCUGGAUUCCCAAUCUGAGGCAGUUGUCCAACAAGCCAUUGACAAGAUCUCCAAGGGCAGAACAACAAUUGUAAUUGCUCACAGGCUAGCAACAGUAAGAAAUGCCAACACUAUUGUUGUUCUUGAUCAUGGCUCAGUUGUUGAAACUGGUAACCAUCACCAGCUAAUGGAAAGAGCAGGGGCCUAUUAUGAGCUUGUCAAGCUUGCUUCUGAAGCAGUUUCAAAACCUACACUGAAUGAGAAAAAUACUCAAAAGGGAAUUGAGUUUCCCACACAUGAGAAAUCGGGCUAUGAAGCACCAACAUCACCUUAUGUGUACGAAAUUUCAAGGUCAAAGUACUUAAAUUCCAUCCAGGAAGUUAAUCAAGUAGAGGAGGAAAUGCAACAAAGGCCAGAGUCUAGAAAUUUUCAAAUUUCAGAGAUAUGGGCUCUACAAAGACCAGAGCUCAUCUCACUUUUACUAGGUUUAAUGUUAGGUAUGGCUGCAGGGGCUAUUCUCUCCAUAUUUCCCUUCCUUUUAGGCUUAGCUCUUCAAGCUUACUUUGAUGACAGCGCAAAGAGCGAAGUUGGGAAACUCUCCUUGGCUCUGGUUGGCCUAGGCUUCGGUUCUAUAAUUUCCAUGACUGGACAACAAGGCUUCUGUGGUUGGGCUGGAACAAAGCUCACGAUGAGGGUGAGAGAUCUCUUAUUUCGCUCUAUACUAAAACAAGAACCUGGUUGGUUUGAUUUUGAGGACAAUUCGACUGGAAUCCUUGUUUCAAGACUCUCUGUUGAUUGUCUCAGCUUUCGAUCAGUCCUCGGGGAUCGGUACUCAGUCUUGUUGAUGGGUGUGAGUUCAGCUGCUGUGGGGCUUGGUGUCUCAUUUUUCCUCCAAUGGAGAUUAACCCUAUUGGCUGCUGCUGUUACUCCUUUCACUCUUGGUGCAAGCUACUUGAAUUUGAUUAUAAAUAUUGGACCAAAGUUAGAUAAUAAAUCUUAUGCCAAAGCUAGCAACAUUGCUUCUGGUGCAGUUUCCAAUAUAAGGACAGUGACGACAUUUUCUGCUCAAGAAGAGAUAGUUAAAUCCUUUGAUAAAGCUUUAUCAGAGCCUAGGAAACAAUCAUUGAAAAGGUCCCAAAUUCUAGGCCUGACACUUGGUUUCUCUCAAGGUGCUAUGUAUGGUGCAUAUACUUUGACGCUUUGGUUUGGUGCCUACCUUGUAAAACAUGGCAAGGCAAAUUUUGGAGAUGUAUAUAAAAUCUUUCUCAUUCUUGUGUUAAGCUCAUUUUCGGUUGGACAACUAGCUGGCCUCGCACCUGAUACUACCAUGGCUGCGACAGCAAUUCCUGCUGUGUUUGAUAUCAUUAAUCGUAGGCCACUGAUUGGUAACUUCGGAGACAAAGGUAAAAAAAUUGAACGUUCCAAGCCAUUGGAUAUCGAAUUGAAAAUGGUGACAUUUGCAUAUCCAUCUAGGCCUGAAGUGAUUGUGUUGAGGAACUUUUGUUUAAAGAUCAAGGGUGGUAGCAUGGUGGCAUUGGUAGGUUCAAGUGGGUCAGGGAAAUCAACAGUAAUAUGGUUGGUACAAAGAUUUUAUGAUCCAAAUCAAGGGAAGGUAACGAUGGGAGGCAUAGAUUUGAGGGAGAUCGAUCUGAAAUGGUUAAGGAAACAAAUAGCCUUGGUAGGUCAAGAACCGGCUCUGUUUGCUGGAAGUAUUAGGGAAAACAUUGCAUUUGGAAACCCAACUGCCACAUGGGGUGAGAUUGAAGAGGUUGCAAAGGAAGCUUACAUUCACAAGUUCAUUAGUGGUCUCCCUGAAGGCUAUGAAGCUCAGGUUGGGGAGAGUGGGGUCCAGCUAUCAGGCGGUCAAAAACAAAGGAUUGCAAUAGCAAGGGCCAUACUGAAAAAAUCAGGGGUGCUGCUGCUAGAUGAAGCAAGCAGUGCCCUGGACUUGGAAUCGGAGAAGCAUGUCCAGAAAGCACUAAGGAGGGUUUCACGGCGAGCCACCACAAUUAUAGUUGCCCACAGGCUUUCAACAAUUAGGGAAGCCAAUAUGAUAGCUGUCGUGAAAGAUGGUGCGGUUGUGGAGUAUGGUAGCCAUGAUUCACUUUUGGCUUCCCAUCUUGAUGGUGUGUAUGCUAGCUUGGUUCGGGCUGAAAGAGAAGCCAAUGCCUUUUCUUGAGAUGAUACUUUUGAAUUUAGCCAAUUAAAACUUCAUCUAAGAGCUUUGGCCUCUUGACCAAAUCUUGGUGUAGGAUUUCCAUUUCUGUUUCUGUUAUAUACCUCAACAAUGGGAUUCUAGAAAUGAAAAAAAAAAGAAGUUACUGAUUUGAUUGUAGAGUAUUCAGUAACUUAAUGCGCAAGAAAUUAAUAAUUUUGUUUGUAGAUUGAAAAUGGAAAAGAGAAAGAACGUGUCAUUUAUAUACUCUUCAUUAGCUUAGCAUUUUCAAGGGUCAUAACAAUGACACAGAUAAUUAUUUAGAAUUUGGUUAGUAGUCCUCUCCAAGCUUCACCUAUCUACAGAUACACACCCAAAGUUAAGAGGAAAUUGAUCCCUAUGAACUUAUGUAAAGACUAAGCUAUUAGGUUUCUUGGGGAUAAUGAACAAAAUUUUAUUCAUUUCCUGCCAUAACUAGAAUCACAAACUGAAGAAAACCACCUCCCCAACCAUAUAAAAAGGUGAAAGCAACUAUAAUCACAGUAGAAAGGCAGCAACAGAGUUCAUGACACAUAGAUAUAACUAGAGAAAAAGGUGCCUUCUUGAAGGCAAUCAAAUACUUGAAACAUUUUUCUUUGGAUGAAUUAUGGACCUUUUCUUCAGUCACAAUGCAUAGGUUUUUGAGGAUGAAAUUAUAGGAGUGUUUUUCAAGCAAAAUCUUUUCUUAGAAAUGUGAAGUAACGAAAAGAAAAUUAUGAUUAUGGCAGUGAUUUACACAUUUGCAUUAUUCAAGCGUGGGUGGUCUUAAUCAAGUGAUAACAAGUCUUAACGUGCACCUAAUUUUAAUUAUCCGCAGUUGCACACCAAAAGUCUUGGUC